AUGUCGGCUGAGGAGGAGCUGUCCUACGCCGACAAGUGCAAGCGCGUCUCAGAGAUCGCGUCGCCCCUGGCGGACGAGAAGCUGUUCAAGAAGAUCCUGAAGCUGACGAGGAAGGCCACCAAGAGAAAGUCCGCGAGGCGGGGGGUCAAGGAGGUGGUCAAGGCCGUCAGGAAGAAGCAGAAGGGCAUAUGCAUACUGGCGGGCGACGUGAAUCCCCUCGACGUCAUCUGCCAUCUGCCAAUCAUGUGUGAAGAAAACGAUUUGCCGUACAUCUACACACCCUCAAAGGACGACUUGGGGUCCGCAGGCAUGAGUAAGCGCUCCACGAGCUGCGUCCUUCUGCUGAGGGAUCCCCUGAAGGCACAGGAUGAAGAAGAUGAAAAGCGAGAGGAGUAUGAAAAAGCAUUCGAUGAACUGGCAAAAAAGAUAAAGGCCAAGACUCCCGUGUUUUGA